UCAGGGUAACCUCUGUCUCUUUAUUUUGAAAACAAGGGAUGUUGCUCAAUCAGUGUGAGAGUUUCCUGCAGAGAGAGGACAGGGCUUGGUUCACUGGGACAGAAUGGACGUGUCACUGGUUUUAGUGGUGGGACUGAUCCUCAUUCUGCUGGUGCUGCUGGGUCUGAGGAGUGGGGGUCCGGUGAAUCUACCUCCAGGACCCUCAGGCCUCCCCAUCAUUGGAAACCUGCUGCAGAUGGACAAGAAGGCCCCCUUCAAAACCCUGCUCAAACUCAGUGAAAGCUACGGCCCCGUGAUGACCGUGUAUGUGGGCCGGCAGCGUGUUGUGGUUCUGGUCGGGUACGACGCCCUGAAGGAGGCUCUGGUGGACCAAGCAGACGACUUCACGGGCAGAGCACCGAUUCCUUUCCUGUUCAGAGCCACCAAGGGCUAUGGUUUGGCGAUCAGUAAUGGAGAGCGCUGGCGGCAGCUGCGGCGUUUCACCCUGAUGACGCUCAGAGACUUUGGAAUGGGUCGCAAGGGGAUGGAAGCGUGGAUCCAGGAGGAGAGCAGACAUCUGGUGGCACGCCUCACCAGUUUGGAAGGUGCAUCUUUUGAUCCGACCUUCUACAUGAGCUGCACCGUGUCCAACGUGAUCUGCUGCCUGGUGUUCGGUCACUACGACGAUGAGGAAUUCCUCUACCUGCUGCAGACCAUCUCAGAAAACCUGAAGUUUGGCAGCAGUCCCUGGGGUCAGCUGUAUAACGUCUUCCCUCGACUCAUGGAGUGGCUGCCGGGUCGACAGCACAAAGUCUUUGCCAGGCUUGAUGCACUGACAAAGUUUGUCAGGCAAAAGAUCCGUGAGCACGAAGACACGCUGGACCCGAGCUCGCCCAGAGACUACAUCGACUGCUUCCUGCUCAGACUCAGACAGGAAAAGGAUGUUCCCACGACUGAGUUCCACCAUGAGAACCUGGUGGCGACGGUGUUGAAUCUGUAUUUGGCAGGAACAGAAACCACCAGUUCCACCAUCAGAUUUGCACUUAGUGUGUUCAUCAAAUAUCCAAAAGUACAGGAGGAGCUGCAGCAGGAGAUUGACACUGUGAUUGGACAGCAGCGUUGUCCUUAUAUGGAGGACAGGAAGUCCCUCCCCUUCACAGAUGCGGUUAUCCAUUAAAUUCAGCGUGUGAUGGACAUUGUUCCCAUGAACCUCCCUCACUACGCCCUCCAGGACAUCGCCUUCAGGGGCUACACCAUUCCCAAGAACACGUUGAUCAUUCCCUUGUUGCACUCUGUGCUCAAAGAGGAGAAACAGUGGGCGACACCUUGGUCCUUCAACCCGCAGCACUUCCUGGACCACAAGGGCAGCUUUAAGAAAAAUCCUGCGUUCCUGCCAUUUUCUGCAGGAAAGAGAUCUUGUGUUGGAGAGGCCCUGGCUCGCAUGGAGCUCUUCCUCUUCCUGGUGUCACUCCUGCAGCGUUUCACCUUGUCUUGCUCCGGAGGUCCUGACAGCGUCGACCUCAGCCCCGAGUACAGCAGCUUCGCCAACCUGCCCCGAAGGUACGACAUCAUCGCCACGCCGCGGGAAUAAUCUGCUCGUUGGACCUUCGACCUCUGAAAAGUGGAUCAUUCGAUACCAAAGGAAAUAAAUUCCAUGGCAGCAUAAGUCAGGACAGAUGACUUCAUAUUUCUUUUCUCGUGUGCCGAUAACUCUGAUGCUUGCUUGACUUCACCUAAUAGUGUGAGUCCAUGUUUGUAUAUCUUUUGUGUCCGUGUGUCAAAUGUUAACAGAGAGUUUACCAAAGAUUUUAGAGAAGCUUAAUACAUCA